GUCGGAUCUUGCUUGCUCGGAGAGAAAGUGGACUUUCUCUCCAAAUUAUUCGUCUCUCUCCUGUCAUCCAAGUCGCAAACAGACACAGUUUCCUUUCUCCUUUCUCCGAACAACAAGAUCACCUGCUCUCGCAAAAGGGACAGGCCACAUUUCUCCACAUUUCUCCGAUUUACUACUUCCUUCCGUAUCGCCAUGUAAUUGAAUAUAGCGUCCAUCUACACAUACAUAUGCAACAUGGAAAAGUUUAGGAGCAGAUUCGCCUGCAAAUUUGCAGUCGUGGUGGAAAUGAUCUUGGCUGGAUUAUCAAUUUUCCUGGCGGUGGGCUUCUUCUUUGCUCGAAUAGCGGAACCUGGGAGUGACGACGAAGAUGGUUACCUUCAUUCAAUGAGACCAACGGCUAGACCACCUCCAACCUCCAGCGCGUUGUUUUACGUUGUGCAAAUACUGGAAUUGGUACAUUUUGUACUCUUGGUGCUCGUAUUCUUUGCCGGCCAAAGGGUUCUCUCAGAAGCAUGUUCCAUAUCUCCACAAGUGAUGGACUACACUAAGGUUACCUCGGGGGAAACGGCUUGCGAGUUUUUCUGCGUUCUAGAACUCUUGAGGAUUAUUCUCGUUCUUGUCGCAUUUUUUGGACAGCUUUUACUUCUCAACGUGGCCGUGGCUUUGCAACUGAUUGGAGUCGUGGUGAACUUGCCAGUCAUUUUUGGUUGGUUUUUCACCAGUGAAUUUGGUAAGGAGUUGAAGAAUCACGGUGACGAGUUGGCCAGUGCCAGGGACAUGUACACACUGCCCCCAUCAGUGUCGUUCUCCCACUGGCAGCGACAACAGCAGCUUCUCAACUCCAGUGGGACCAGCGACUACACGGACAGAAGUGAAAAUCAGGACACUUCCGAGGCCAUGAUGUACUCGGCCCCCUCCAUCGCGUACUGUCUCAACAAUCUCAUGCGAUAGCUGUGCUGUGUCCCCGUCAUCGAGGCAGAUAUUUUAUCAAUGUUCAAAUUAUAUGAAAUAUAUUCGUGUCAAAAAAGCAUGCCGUACAAAUAUUUAGACGACUGCAAUAGCAUAGACUGAUUGUCACAUACAUUCAUGUACAUGAAUUUUCAAGUGAAUUUGUAUUAGCAAGUCAUAAACUAAGAAUAAGAAUAAAUAAUAUUGCUGCCAAACAUUA